UUCGUCAUUGCAUACGCAUGUCUACAAUUUGCAGUAAAUUUCAAGGUGCAAAGUUAAGUACUCUGCGUGUGUGUCUGAGAGAUCAGUGAGAGAGAAAUUAAGAGAGAUGGAAAAGCAGGGAAAGAGACGCCUCCGGGUGGUGCUAGUACCAGCGCCGUUCCAAGGCCACAUAAACCCAAUGCUUCAGUUGGGCAGCAUCCUCCACUCCAAUGGCUUCUCCAUCACUGUCGUUCACGCCCAAUACAACUCCCCCAACCCUUCAAUCCACCCCGAUUUCAGCUUUCUUUCCUUACCAGAUACCUCUUCUGACCACAACAUCUUAGCUGGCGACGGAGGAGCCAUUGUAUUGCAGCUUAAUGCCAAAUGCAAAGCUCGUUUCCGAGAAUGCUUGGCUGCUGAAGUGAUGAGGCAACAGGGCCCAGACGAUGGAAUCGCCUGCAUCAUCCACGAUGAGCUCAUGUACUUUUCCGCAGCAGCGGCAAAGGAUAUAAAGCUUCCAAGCAUCGUCUUACGCACAUCUAGUGCUGCCACUUUUCUUGCUCGUACUGCCCUCAUGAACCUAAAGGCAGAAGGCCACAUUCCCUUCCCAGAAUCUAGGUCGCAGGAUCCAAUUCCGGAGCUUUAUCCACUCAGGUUCAAAGAUCUACCUAUCCCCAUUUUCGGAAAAUUAGAGAACACUUUGCAACUAAUGAGUGGAGCCGCCAACAUUAGAACAUCUUCGGCCAUCAUUUAUAAUACAAUUGACUGCCUUGAAAAUUCAUCAUCGGCAAAGACCCAACAGCAAUGUCAAGUUCCAACCUUCCUAAUAGGCCCAAUGCAUAGUUUUGCUUCGGCCACCUCUAGUAGCUUAUUAGAGGAGGACACUAGCUGUUUGGCAUGGCUUGAUAAGCAAAGUUGUAACUCAGUCAUUUAUGUAAGCUUGGGAAGCGUGGCAUUCAUGGACAUCAAAGAAUUUGUUGAGAUGGCUUGGGGGCUAGCAAAUAGCCAACAACUUUUCUUAUGGGUGGUUCGCCCAGGCUCAAUUCGUGGUGUAGAAUGGAUUGAGAUACUGCCUGAAAGUUUUAAAAAAAACAUUGGCGAAAGAGGUUAUAUUGUGAAAUGGGCACCCCAAAAGGAAGUUCUUCCGCAUAGUGCCAUGGGAGAGUUUUUUAGCCAUUGUGGAUGGAAUUCAACACUAGAGAGUAUUUGCGAAGGUGUUCCAAUGAUAUGCAAACCAUGUUUCGGGGACCAGAGAGUGAAUGCAAGGUAUGUGAACUAUAUAUGGAAGGUAGGCCUAGAAUUGGAUAGUGAUUUAGAGAGAGGUGUGAUAGAGAGAGCAGUAAAAAGACUUAUGGUAGAUGAAGAAGGGAAAUCAAUGCGGAAGAGGAGCAACAAUUUCAAAGAGAUAGUGAAACUUUGCACCAGGGAAGGUGGUUCUUCCAAUAAUUCUUUGAAUGAGCUAAUAAAGAUGAUUGUGUCAUUUUAAUUUCACAUAUCUUUGAUCAAAACAUCGGUUUUUUUUCUUCUUCUUAUGGAGGGAUCAUAUUUAAAGUCCAUGUAUGGAAGAUCAAAAAAGGAAAAUAAAUAAAUAUUCUCCUAAUUAUAUUUAU